UGGGGACCAACCAGGCUGUGCGGGAUGCGAGCAAGGCCCUGAGCUGGGAACCUGGCUGAUCGAGGGGUUAUGCCCAGGCCUGCCCGGCUGGAGCGAGGAGCCGGCAGGGGUCAGGAGGCUCCAUCCUGGGGAUCGAGAGUGCCCCUCGGCCCCUGCUCUGGAUGGGCUGUGAGGCAUGGCGCAAACGUCCGUGCUUCUCUUGACUCAGUUUCCCUGCCUGUGAUCUGCGGGAAGAGGGUCUAACACAAGCAGGUUGUGAGGGUCAAACUAAACGGGAAGAGAGUGCGAGAACCCCGGAGUCAUCCCAGAGGUGGGGUGGCAGCUGCCCUGGUGACUGGCCUACACUUCGCCUGGACCCAUAUCGUCCCCCCGGCCGUGGAGUGAGGAGGAGGUCCGCAUGAGCCCCGCGGGAAGGACCCCACCAGCCUGCACUGGGACGCGCCAGGUCACGGGCGGGCCCUGACCCGAAGGACCACGGAGCUGGAGGCGGAGGGUGGAGCCGUCGGGACGCCCAGGCCGAUGGGGGAGGCGGCCACGGCCUCGGCGGGACGCGGGCGGAUGACCCAGGGCGUCCGGCAGUGAGGGAGCACGCCCGCUGCGCCACCAUGCCGUCUGGGACAGGACGCCCCUGAGAACGCAGGCAGCCUCCCCCCGCCCCCCCCAGGGGCCGGCACCCAGCCUCCCACCCGGACCCCCCCCGGGCAGGCAGAGCGGGGGCUCCCGCGGCGGCGGUCCCCAUGGCCGGGUGCCGGUGGGGCGCGCUGUGGGCGUGCGUGGCGGCCGCCACCCUGCUGCACGCGGGCGGGCUGGCCCACGGCGACUGCUGGCUGAUCGAGGGCGACAAGGGCUUCGUGUGGCUGGCCAUCUGCAGCCAGAACCAGCCGCCGUACGAGGCCAUCCCGCAGCAGAUCAACAACACCAUCGUGGACCUGCGGCUGAACGAGAACCGCAUCCGCAGCGUGCAGUACGCCUCGCUGAGCCGCUUCGGCAACCUCACGUACCUCAACCUCACCAAGAACGAGAUCGCCUACAUCGAGGACGGCGCCUUCUCGGGCCAGUUCAACCUGCAGGUGCUGCAGCUGGGCUACAACCGCCUGCGCAACCUGACGGAGGGCGUGCUGCGCGGCCUGGGCAAGCUGGAGUACCUGUACCUGCAGGCCAACCUCAUCGAGGUGGUCACGCCCAGCGCCUUCUGGGAGUGCCCCAACAUCGUCAACAUCGACCUGUCCAUGAACCGCAUCCAGCGGCUCCACGGCGCCACCUUCGCGGGCCUGGCCAAGCUGUCCGUGUGCGAGCUGUACAGCAACCCCUUCUACUGCUCGUGCGAGCUCCUGGGCUUCCUGCGCUGGCUGGCGGCCUUCACCAACGCCACGCACGCCUACGACCGCAUGCAGUGCGAGUCGCCACCGCUCUACUCCGGCUACUUCCUCCUGGGCCAGGGCCGCCACGGCCACCGCAGCAUCCUGGGCAAGCUGCAGUCCGUGUGCACCGACGGCUCCUACGUGGCCGAGCCCCACCCGCCGCCGGGCCGGCCGCCGCCCGGCCGCUCCCCGCCCCCGCCGCCGCCCCCGCCGCCGCCCCCGGAGCCCAGCGAGGCCCCGUGCGCCGACGACGAGUGCUUCUCCGGCGACGGCACCACGCCGCUGGUGGCCCUGCCCACGCUGGCCCCCCAGGCCGAGGGCCGGCCCCUCAUGAAGGUCAAGCAGCUGACGCAGAACUCGGCCACCAUCACGGUGCAGCUGCCCAGCCCGUUCACCCGCAUGUACACGCUGGAGCACUUCAACAACAGCCGCUCGUCCACCGUGUCCAGGCUGACCAAGCCCCGGGAGGAGAUCCGCCUCACCAACCUGUACACGCUCACCAACUACACCUACUGCGUGGUGUCCACCAGCUCCGGGCUGCACCACAACCACACCUGCCUCACCAUCUGCCUGCCCAGGCCGCCCAGCCCGCCGGGCCCCGUGCCCAGCCCGUCCACGGCCACGCACUACAUCAUGACCAUCCUGGGCUGCCUGUUCGGCAUGGUGCUGGUGCUCGGCGCCGUCUACUACUGCCUGCGCAGGCGGAGGCGGCAGGAAGAGAAGCACAAGAAGGCGGCCGCGGCCGGCGGCCUCAAGAAGACCAUCAUCGAGCUCAAGUACGGGCCCGAGAUGGAGGCGCCCGGCCUGGCCCCGCUGUCCCAGGGCCCGCUGCUGGGCCCCGAGGCCGUGACCCGCAUCCCGUACCUGCCGGCGGCCGCCAGCGAGGUGGAGCAGUACGAGCUGGCCGAGGGCGGCGGCACGCCCAAGGCCGGCAAGGGCAACUACAUGGAGGUGCGCGCGGGCGAGCAGGCCGAGCGCAGGGACGGCGAGCUGGGCCGGCCCGGCCCCGACAGCCAGAGCUCCGUGGCCGAGAUCUCCACCAUCGCCAAGGAGGUGGACAAGGUCAACCAGAUCAUCAACAACUGCAUCGACGCGCUCAAGUCCGAGGCCACCUCCUUCCAGGGCGGCAAGUCCGGGGCCGCGGCCGCCGCCGAGCCGCAGCUGAUGCUGCUGUCCGAGCCCCUGGCCGCCAAGCACGGCUUCCUGUCCCCCGUCUACAAGGACGCCUUCGGCCACGGCCUGCAGCGGCACCACAGCGUGGAGGCGGCCACCGGGCCCCCGCGCGCCGGCCCCGCGUCCGGCGGCCCCGCGCGCAGCCCGCGGGCCUUCCGCGCCGAGGCCCCCGGCGGGCACAAGGCCGCGGCCGCCGAGGCCAAGUACAUCGAGAAGAGCUCCCCCGCGCCCGACACCAUCCUCACUGUGACGCCCGCGGCCGCUGUGCUGCGGGCCGAGGCCGAGAAGGGCCGCCACUACGGCGAGCACCGGCACUCGUACCCCGGCUCCCACCCCGCCGAGCCGCCCGCGCCCCCCGCGCCCCCGCCACACGAGAGCCUGGGCGGCCGCAAGGCGUCCAUCCUGGAGCCGCUGACCCGGCCGCGGCCCCGCGACCUGGCCUACUCGCAGCUGUCCCCGCAGUACCACAACCUGAGCUACUCCUCCAGCCCCGAGUACGCCUGCAGGGCCUCCCAGAGCAUCUGGGAGCGCUUCAGACUCAGCCGCAGGCGCCACAAGGACCACGAGGAGUUCGUGGCGGCCGGCCACGCCCUGCGCAAGAAGGUUCAGUUCGCCAAAGACGAGGAUCUACACGACAUCCUGGACUACUGGAAGGGCGUGUCGGCCCAGCACAAGUCCUGAGCCCGCGGCCGCGCCCGCCCCGCCCCCAGCCCGAAAC